AUGAAGCACGUGAACAUGGAUCACAACUUUGGUUGUAACGAUAAAAUCGCCGUAACAAUAUAUCUAUUGAUGGCUAAAAUUGGUAAAGGUGUACAAAUCCCACUUUCAUGGAUUCCACAAAGUCACGGAAAAUAUCCAGAAAAUGCCAUUUCUGUUGGUGAUGGUGUUUUUGUUGUUCGGUCUAGGUUUUUGAAUGAAAUGCUUCCUGGAAAACUUGUACCUAAAGAAGGAAAAUGUUACUGUUCACAUGGAGGUGAAGAAAUAGAAUUAACAGAAUAUGAAGUCCUAUGUGAUACUUCAUUGUAUGAACUUGGAAAAGGAUAUGAAUGGGUAAAGUCUUCUGGUGGGGAAUAUCCAAAACGUGCAAUUAUUGCUGGGAUCGGUUCUGAUGGAAAACCACUCUAUGUUGCAAAAGGAUACGUUGAAAAUAAUGUAUGCGUUGGGAAGUUGCAUGAAGGUCAUGUAUGUGCCUAUAUGCCAUGGGGUGGACGGGAGAAUCCGAUUUCAGACUAUGAAGUACUUGUAUGGAAAAAGAUAAAAAAUUAA